CUAGAUGGAAGGUCAUCAGGUCUCUAAACCGUCCCUACAGCCAUUCUGAGCUGACGGGAGUGCAACUGGGUGGAUUAUCCGGGGACUCGCCAUGAAAGUCUCCUUUUCGGUUCUAGUUUUAGCGGUUUUAUUAAAAAGCAUAGAUGCAAGAGUCGAUGGUAACUGGGCAGCGUGGUCCGGAUGGAGUGGAUGCGCACCAGGUCUUUGCUCAGGAAAUCAGCAAAUUCGUACUCGCACGUGUUCGAACCCAGUCCCUUCAGCGGAUGGCACAUAUUGUACAGGGGAAAACGCUCAGCAGAAGGAUUGUAUGAUCGAUGGCGGCUUCUCUGAAUGGAGUCAGUGGUCUCUUUGUGAUAACCCAUGCGGGGGUUCAGUCGUCAACAGAACGAGAACAUGUACAAACCCCACCCCCACUCCUGACGGGAAGCCUUGCAAAGGCGAUUAUCUACAGACGAAACUUGAGUGCAUCGCCCCAUGCAAAGUUGGCCCUGUGGAUGGCAGAUGGAGCGAUUGGUCUGCAUGGUCUCGCUGCCCUCAAGCAUGUGGAAUCUCAGGGGGAGCGAACAUACAGCGUACGCGGCAAUGUAACAACCCGCCGGCCAUGAAUGGUGGAGAACCCUGUAAAGGAGACGCUGUAGAAGUUGUCAAGUCCUGUUUUAAUCCAUGUCCUGUAACCGGCGGUUACACGCUGUGGAGCAGUUGGACAAGCUGUACCAAGACAUGUGGGACUGGUAUGCAGAAGCGGUCACGUGACUGUACCAACCCACGCCCCAUCCACGGAGGGCAGAACUGCACCGGCGACUACGUCCAGACCAAGAGCUGCAAGCUGAAAGUAUGCCCAGGUGCUGUUAACGGUGGAUGGGGCGCCUGGAGUUCAUGGAGCACAUGCACGGAGCGAACCUACUGUCUGAAGGGACUAAAGCAUCGCUCCCGCGUGUGCAAUAACCCGCCUCCUCUGAACGAGGGUGAUGACUGCAUGGGCUUAGGGGAAGAGAGGUUGGAGUGUCCUACCCCUACUGAUGGCUGCUCUGUUCACAUACCGAAUCGCCCAGACCAGGAAAACGCUGCUUCUGACUCUUUCAUCGCGCUGGAGUGUGAGACUAAUGUAAAGUACAAUGCCAAGGGCUCACACGCAAGUAAAGUCCCAUCUGCUGUCUACUCGCUCUUUGACUUUAUCAGGGCGCCCCUCGGAAACAGCUGGUUUGGUAUCAAGAUAGAGGACGACAAGGUCGACCCCAAAAAGAAAUACACAAAGGUCUGUUUCGAGUUUGUCGAUCCUGUAUACAUUCUGACGCUUGUUGAUAACAAAGCAAGCUACUAUAACAAGACCCUCGCCCUGCCCAAGUGGGACACCCCAGGCAUGUACGACUUUGUGACGGGCAUUAGUAUGACCCUCGACAGCAGCAAUCUUAAGAAGUACGAGUUCCAAGUUGGCUUCUCUGACGAAUACGUGCCUGAGAAUGGCUUCGUGCUACAUGACACAAGGUUGACGUAUUACACUGAAGGGAACAAACAGACCUUCAAGGCCAAGGGCAACUACAACAACGUCCCCGGGGUGUCCUUCAAGACGGUGGUGGAUAAAGAUGUGAACACAGGCUCCGUCCACGCCGUGGGGAAAGCUACGAGCAUCCGAUUCCAUCAGAUCUUGGUGUUAAUGGGGCUGCCUCCAAGUUAUAUUCCAGACUUCUUCGUAAAGGGAUUGAAGAAUAUCGGAUUAUGGGACUUUGAGAUGAGGCCUGUAGAGUUCGCCAGAGGUCUGUCCAAGGGAGGCAUCUUCCGAUUCACAUCUUCCAUCGACGCAAAUGGCGUUCCCGUCCAUGUGGAGAUCCUCACCGGCAGGAAGUUUAAUAGAAUUGUGUUUGCAGUAGGCUUCUCGUUUGAUAGAGAGUCGUUUGGAAAAUUAGCGGAGAAACUUUCUGGUAUUGGUGUGGAUUUCUUGGAUAAACUUGGCCUUGAGUUUGAGAUUGGCCUCGCGUUCUGUCCGCCUGGUACACAACCUCUGUACGUCACCUCCACCACGAACUUCGCCAAAGAGCCGCUGCAUAGUCAGAUAGUUAACCAGGUUCCUCAAGGGCUAUUCGCAGGCGCACAGUUGGUGCUUCCCAAGGACUGCAAGGGUAGCAAGUUCUGUGAGAUUACUAAACAGAUUGUCGGACCCACUGCAAAGGCGUACAUCAACGGUCUCUUCCAAUGGAAGAACAUUAAGGUGGCGGCAGGAUUUGCAAAUAUUCAUAUUGGAUUUGGGCUGUACUUCCACAAACUCGAGCUAUAUGUCCAGGCGGACUGGAACGACACCACAAAGCACGUCAAGCUAGGAUUCCGAGCAGAUAUUAAGAUUCCAAUCAACGGAGAGAUCUACCGGGACGGUAUCAAGGCCCCUAGUAACGACCUCUUCCUCUUUGGUGUUCUGGAGUACGACUUUCUACAGCAACAGGUGGCAGGAAAACUUGGAUUCCGAGGAAUGUGGAGAAAGGCAUUUUGGAUCAACUGGCUAUCUCUUGGUAACAUCUAUUUCGGUGUGACCUACCAAGUUGGUGCACCCAUCCCCAUUACUGGCGUACAGUUUGGGAUGCGAGUAGAGUUCGGCUACGAUUGUCUCAUACCAGCUGAUUUCGCAGUAGACGGUCACUGUUUUGGAGGCGCCGGGUACGUUGGGGUAGGCAAGCCACAGUUCUUCCACGCAGACAUCACGGCUCUUACAAUUGGUAAAAUUGCGCGGAUGUUGGGGAGUACCCUCAAGCUGCCUAAACCCAUAGACGAGACUGGCUUCCGCGAAAAUACCCUCGUGUCAUACGCCACAGAGGGUGUAGACUUGAGGAUCGCGGGCGGACCAUACAUCCCAGAGGGAUUCCAACUCAAGGGACGAGUAAACAUCUUCGGUUGGGAAAUCUACGCCCAUAUUAAGCUCUCAUCUUCGGCCAUACUUUUUGACCUGAAGCCUGACCCGGUGCAUAUUGGCAGCGUCGCAAAGAUCGUACGCAGCCCCACGGACUCGAAGCAAGGACCUUGGUUCUACGUGGAUGCGCGUAAGGAUCCCAUCUACUGGGAUGCAUACAUUGAGGGUUACAUAGAGAUUUUCAGCAUCUCAGUAUACUGUCGUCUGAACUUCACCAUGAGCUAUCUGGAACUGCUGAUCCAAGGCAACUUCCUCAACCUGAUAAAGGCCGAGGUGUACAUCGAGGCCAAAUACGGCAUUACAUUUGACUUCCUCUUACCUCAAAGCUUCUACGUCCAUGUCGAAGUUGAUCUUAGCGGUAUUAACAAGGCACUUGACGAAGCUGCCGCCUGGGUCAAGGGUGCAUUCGAGGCUGCGCAAAAGAAGCUAUCGGACGCCCGCAAUCAUGUGAUAGAGAAAAAAGCAGAGUGUAAGAGGAAAAUGAGCUUGAAGUGCGACAACUGCAAGAGAAUGCAAUGCGCGCGCGCUGAGAGGAACUGCAAAGGGGCUUUAGACGCUGCUGGGAAGUGGAUCGGCGGAGUAAUCAACGCCGCAGGAAAAUGGAUCGCUGGAGCCGUGAAGACGAUUGGCAAAGCUCUUGCACCUGUUGGUAAAUUCUUCAAGAAGGUGUUUAAGGGAUGGCGUCGUAAGCGAGCCCUUCAGCAGAAGCAGAACGAGCUGUUCGCAGUGCACAUUCGGCGCAGACGAUUUAUCAGUAAACUUAUCUGCGAGGGGAUUGUCGGCGGCGGCUGCAAGGUGGUGUCUUACCUAUGCGAGGGUACAUGUAAAGCUGUCGAGCAUAUUGGCAAAGGUCUCUGCAAUAUCUUAGACGUCGCCAUUGGGUUCCUGAAGGGUGUCGAGGCUGCUUGUGGAUGGGUUAGCAAAGCCAUCCAGUAUGUGCUGACACAGCUAUUCAGGAUACACAGGAUCAUGUUCCAAUUCUCUCUGAAUGCGUUUGAUGCAAACAAGAACACGUUUGCUGCGGGAGUCGACUUGACCAUAUUUGGCAAGAGGAUGUUCCUGGGCCUAGCGUUCAAUCUUCUUGAUCCGAUCGGUAGUCUUAAAGUCGGUGCCGAUGCUGCCACCAGUUUUUAUAAGAAUAAGAUGAAUCCUAAUGGUCGCACUGACACGGAGAAAGACUACUAUGAUAAACCCAACCCGUACUCAGACUUCGAAAUGACAGAACAAUUCUCUAUCGAGAACCAGCAGGCCGCAACAGAUGACAGGAAAGGAGGCUGUUUGUUUGUCGACAGUAAGAACGAAAACGCUGCUGUCAAGGUCACCGGCUGUAACUCAACCGAUGAUCGCCAAGUGUGGUCUUACACGAUUAAGGGCCAACUCUCGAACGUGUGGUCAGGACAUUGCAUCGAUACGAAUGGAGCGUCUGCUGGUAACAAGCUGGUGCAGAAGAAAUGUGACCCGCGUCGAGAUGAUCAGAACUUCCAGUGUGAUUUGAUCGUCAGGACCGUGAAAAGACGCAGAGCCAAUUUGUGCUGGCAAGCAGCUCCUGUGAGCCUGAAUGGACCUGGCUCGCUGGUUCAUCUCGGAUCGCUCAAGUGUAUUCACCCGUACCACGGCGGCCACUCUGUCCCAGAGGGCGACAAACUCGUUAUCCAUGAUGGCUGCAGCGAACAGAGGUUGGAAUUCAAGCUUGACAAUGGCUACCUUAUGCACACUCCGAGUGGCAAGUGUGUGCGGCCCACGGGGUCGGUCGUGGAUGGUGUCCUACUCGGUCUGUACUCUAGCUGUAACGGACACAAGUUCAGCUUCACCAAGGGAGGUUCUUUGCAGCAUGUCGGUAGCCGCAAGUGCGUCAUCCCCAAAUCCGCUAAAAUGAAGCCAGACAACGGGGAGGAGAUGGCGCUGAGCAGCAGAUGUGAGAACAGCGUCUCCGACCUCUCCAAAGAGCAUUUGAUCUUCAACUUCAUCCCAACUAACCCUUACGUCACGAUGCAGAAAUGCACUGAUUUCGGUAACCCUCGUCUUGACCAACGCUUCGAGGUGGAAGACGAGCCCAUCAACACCAUUUGCACCAAGUUCGCCAAGAAUUUGGCACACAAGAAGUCAGCGGAGCAGUCGAGUACCGCGUACAACGGUCAUGCUGAACGCGCAGUGGACGAGAACUACAGCAGCUCGUAUGACACCAAGUCUUGUACGCACACCGAGAAUGAGAACAACCCGUGGUGGAGAGUGGACUUGGGACGAGAGCACAUUAUCACGGAUGUCCUCAUUGUCAACCGAUACAACAACUUUGAGCGCUUGAAGAACUUUGACGUGCGAGUAGGUAUCCACCAGGACCAAAGCCUCAACCCGACCUGCAAUGACCGCGUGCGGACUGUAGGUCAGGGACAGGCACUUAGAGUGCAGUGCAAUCCGCCAAUCCCCGGGAGACACAUCGCCAUCCAGAUGAUUGGCAAAGGAAUACUCACACUCUGCGAAGUCAGCGUAUACUCCAGAACAGCUCCGUUGGCUGAUCUAUGCCAGCUGGAUAAUGGCGGCUGCGAGCAAGUCUGCUACAACUUGUGCAACUUGAAAGUGAAGUGCGGAUGUUAUCCUGGUUUUAAGAUGGCUUACGACGGCAGGACGUGUAUUGAUAUCGACGAAUGUCAAGUUAAUAACGGUGGAUGCGACAUCUUCCACGGUCAGUGUAUCAACACUCCUGGAAGUCAUCACUGCGCAUGUCGAAACGGUUACCAGCUCAAAGAGAACUCCAAAUACGUUUGCGAGGAUCUGAACGAGUGUAAUGUGGCAAAUGCUGGCUGCGAGCACAUCUGUGAAAACACCCACGGCAGUUUCAACUGCGACUGCCGCCAGGGCUACAAACUAAAAGCCGGAGGAUAUGGCUGCGAAAACAUAAACGAGUGUCUCGUCAAGAAUGGCGGCUGCGAGCACACGUGCAAAGACUACGAGGGCGGCUACUACUGCACGUGUAACCCUGGUUACCGACUCAUGGAUGACGACAAGAGCUGUGAAGAAAUCUACUGCCCGGCUCUCGAGACUCCGUUCCGUGGCUCCAUCACACCGUCUCUCUGUACUGAUCAGCGGGAGAACAUCCGACGUAACACCAUGUGCGCGUAUGGCUGCCGUACCGGCUACAACCUUGCGGGUGGUGACGGGUCGCUCACGUGCAAGCUUGACGGAACAUGGCAGGGUCGUACUCCUUACUGCAAACCGGUCAUGUGUCCAGUGCUGUCCGACCUCGCCCAAGGAGGUGUAAUGCCCAGGUCGUGCUCUAUGAAAGAUGUUGAGUACGGAACGAGGUGUGUGUAUUACUGUAACCAAGGUUACGAGCUCCGUGGACCUCGCUACACUACUUGCGAGAACACCGUCUGGUCUCAGCCUGCGCCUGUCGCCUGUGUCAGAGUUUACAACAAGCCGUGGAUCUCGUGUCCUGCGGACAUUGUCGUCGAUCUCCCGGCUACCGCGAGUACAGUCACACUGGGCUUCAAGUGGAAGAAGCCAAGUACCAACAUGAACCAGCUAACCGUGCUUCCCAGUAACCUGGACGAGAACUACCCUUUCCCGGCCGGCAAGACCCGGGUCAUGUGGACAGCGACCAACCCCGACGGCGUGUCCCAGUCUUGCUUCUUCUACGUCAUUGUUAACGAUGUUACUCCACCCUCCACCACCAACUGCCCGGCCUCUUUUACACACAAGACGGCUGUUGCUCUCGCUACCGUGACCUGGACGGAGCCUACCUUCACUGACAAUGUGGGUGUGGUUAGCGUGAUGGCGAGCAAGCGCCCUGGACACCAGAUGUACCGGGACACAUCACUGAAGGUGCAAUACAUCGCCGCGGACACUUCUGGUAACACUGAGACGUGCACGUUCACCAUCACCGUCGAAGGCAUGGUGUGCGUGAACUUAGGCCAGCCCAAGAAUGGCCGCGCCAAUUACAUGGGUGUCAUGAUGGUCUCGCUAAUGUGUAACAUGGGAUACUACUUCAACCCUAAGCCGCCGGCGACAGCUGAUAACGGGAUGGCGCUGUUUAACUGCAUAGCUGGCCAGUGGAAGCGCUACGUCAGCCCUGGCAAUUACGCACACUUGACGUAUCUACCCGAUUGCACAGAGAAAUCGCCGAUGGCAAAUGGAAAAUGCAAGGAUGGUUCAAUUCCGUAUACUACCUAUUGCUUGAACUGCCCGCGCGGAGCGUUCCAUAACAAAAACACGCAGAAAUGUGAGGAUUGCCGAGUCGGAACAUACCAAGAUACUGAGGGUAUGACUGAGUGUCAACCUUGCAACAACGGAUUCUUUACAAAGAGCACGCGCUCCAAGGACGCCACUGAUUGCCUGCCACAAUGCGCAAAGGGUUAUUUCUCCGAUAAUGGCCUUCAGGAAACAAUCUCCCCAUGUAGCCAGUGCCCUCCCAACACGUACCAGCCUUUGUUGGGUCAGACCUCCUGCGAGUUCUGUCCUCCGGGCAGCAAGUCCGCAGCAGGCAGCACCUCACUGGACGACUGCAUGGUCCCUGCAAGAAUCGGGGAGACAUUCCCCAUGUCGAGCCUCACUGCUGCCUACAACUCCACCAUUCGACUAGAAUGCUUCACUGACGGCCGACCCGCGCCCCAAGUCACGUGGACUAAGGUCGGAGAUUUGCAACCCGACUCAUCCCGAGUAAAGUCCGAGAUCCUCUACGACCUCGACAUGAGGCAGAUCGGGCUGGAGUACUCGAUAAUUAGUGCCCAGUCCUAUGAUGCGGGCACGUACGAGUGCAAGGCAACGAACAAAUUGGCGACCGCCUCCCACCGAGUACAAAUAACGGUCGUUUGAAUGAAUGGACAAGACACCAUAUCACGACACUAAUGCUGCGCCGUGAAGGAUGUCUACUAUUUUCUUGUAUCACUGUUGGGAAUUAUAGAAUUUGAAUAAAAUGUGAAUGAUUGAAAAA